CGUCACGCCGUUUGUGUUCAGUCCUUUGCCGCUGUCGUCGUCGUCACACUCGCCUCCAGCAGCGCAAUGUCGACCCCGCGCGGCGAAGACGAGACGACGCCGCUGCUCGGCGCGUCGACCUUCAGCGAGGUGGACGUCUACAACCUCGUGCACGAGAUCCGGGUGGACAUUGUGUCGCAUAUCGACACGCCCCUCACGUACGAGCAGCUUAUCGCGCCAGACUCGACGUACACUAUCAUCCGCCCUUUGACGGAGAAGUACCUUGUGCGGCGGAACCCCAGCGUCAUCUUCUGCCUCCUUCUCAACAAGGUCCAGUUCACGACCGACUCGCACCAGCUGUCGAUCGCGACGCUGUCCGAAAGCCGCGCGACGCUGUGCGAGAUCCUCGCGACCCGCGUCCUGCGCGGCUGGUCGGAGCGCAGCCUGCACCUCGCGACAGUGCUGCUCACGCCGUGGCCCAUCUUCCAGGGCGCGAGCGCGCAGGUCGUCGCGAGCGCCAAGGCAGACGGCGAGCAGGACGUGCUGGAUGACACGGGCACCGCGCUCGAGAUGGCUAUCAUCUCGUCGGCGCGCCGCUUCAUUCGCUCCCCGUCGUGCCAGAAGGUCAUCGAGGGCAUCUGGUCCGGAAAGAUCAUCUACUCGGCCGUCAGCGUGCACGCGCUCAUCUCUGAUAACUACAAGACCCGCCCGAUCCAGAUAUACAACCCGCACAAGGCGCCAGUGCUCGACCACUACCGGCUCAAGGUACCCAAGAUCCGCGCCUUCCUCGAGUAUGUCAACUUUGCCAUCCUGUUCAUCCUCUAUGUGGUCGCUAUCGAGCGGCUCGACCCGCAGCAUGUCAACGGGUACGAGCUCGUGUUUAUCGUGUAUGCGCUGGCGUUCUCGCUCGACAAGGCGGCCGCGAUCCGCGAGCACGGCUUGAAGGUCUUCUCGAGCUCCCUCGUCAACGGCUUUGAUCUCGGAUUCGUCGUCAUCUUCAUGGUCUAUCUCGGCGCCCGUGUAUACGGCGUGCGCGCGCACGACCCCUCGGCCAUGGAGUUUGGCGCAGACUUGCUCGCAAUAGGUGCCGUAAUCAUGUUCCCCCGCUUGGCGUUCAUGACGCUCGCGAACAACCUCAUGAUUCUCAGUAUCCGCUCGAUGCUGUCCGAGUUCUUUUUCCUCAUGAGCGUCGGAAUCUUCUGCUUCAUCGGCUUUGUGUACGCGCUCCGCACGCUCGGCAAGGGUGGCACCAACCACCACCCCGUGUCCCAGAUCUGUUGGUGGCUCCUGGAAGUGUACUUUGGCCUCGACGCCACGGGCUUCGAGUCGGCCGUCGACUUCCACCCAUGGCUCGGCCCAAUCCUCAUGGUCCUUUACGGCUUCCUGUCCAACACGCUCCUCCUCACCGUCCUCGUGGCCAUCCUCGGCAACACGUUCGCCACGAUCAACGCCGACGCGUCCGCCGAGUCCAUGUUCCGCAAGGCCGUGGCGACCGUCGAGGGCGUCAAGGCCGACGCCGUGUUCAGCUACCAGCUCCCAUUCAACAUUCUUGCUGUUGUCGUACUGUAUCCCCUUAGCUUUGUCCUCAAUCCCCGAUGGUUCCACAAAGUCAAUGUCUUCAUGAUUCGUGUGACCAACCUCCCCGUGCUCAUGCUCAUUGCACUCUACGAGCGCCAGACGUACAACCAAUCGACCCUGUGGGAGCAGAUCUGCGACUACGCAGAUCGCUACUUUAGCAUCAUCUCCUCUGCCACCGGCUUCGAAGGCCUCAUUGGCGCUGGAAUGGACAUCUCGGCCGUGUUUGAGAUUGAGCGCGAGUACGGCACCGCCUAUAUUGACUGGGAGGGCGACGACGACCAGGUCGUCGUCAUUGACGGCGAGGAGAUCACGACCGAUGGGCCAGUGACACCCGUGACUCCCAUUACGGGCACGUUAACCGGCUCUGGCGCGAUCACCGAAUCUCCCGUCCAGACCUCGUUCUCGACCCAAGUCUCGCCACACACCGCCCGGCGGAGGCGUCAGUCCAUGAACGGUGCACAUGGGCAUGGCCAUGGACACGGACAUUUGGGACAUCAUCACGCCCCUUCUCCACACCUGCCACCGGCCGCUCUUCCCCCGGCACCGCUGCCUCGUGUCCGCAGGAAUAGCACGCUGUACGGCCCGAGCCCGCUCGCACAGCUGUUUGUUCGCUCGCCAGAGGAAGCAACAAGCGGGCCCCAGCGUCGCGUCACCGUCAUGGCUGGGUCUCUACCCGCCACAUCCAUGGUGCUGCAAUCGCCCAGGCGACCACAGCGCGUGUCGCUCGGCCCUCAGGGGGCAGCUCAAGCGCCUCGGGCAGCCCAGAUGUCCACGAGUUUAAACGUCAGCAGCGCUCUGGCCUCGCUGGAACACGACGACGUGGAUUCGCCAAAGCGCCCUCCUCUUCGCGCCGGCGCCACGGCUACGAUCCACGAGGUGUCACAGCCGCCGUCACCCUCGGCCGACGAGAAGCAGCGCCGCAGCGUCCCGUUCCCAUCAGCAGAAGAGACCACUGCGGCUGCGCGCCAGCGCGUCGUGUCAUUCAAGGAACAGACGUCACCGCGCAUCCCGCGCACGGCGUCGCUGACGAGAGUGGCGUCGACGGAAGGCACUGCGCGGUCGUCGACGCCGCGCACGCCCAGGUCACAGUCACCGCGCAACGUGCCCAACUCUCCGAACCUGGCUGCGCGCAAGGCCGCGCCGUCGCCCGCCAACAGGGUGUGCGCCAAGGCGUCUGAGCUGCUCGAGUCGCAGCAGGCUGAUGCCGAGGCCGCCCGCGACAACGACGACCGCAUCGCGUCCAUGGAGCUGCGUCAGCGCCGCAUCGAGGCCAUGCUCGAGCAGCUGGUCGCGAGUCUGGGCGGCCAGGGCGACAGUGCGAUUGAUCAACGCGGUGUCGCGAUCGGCAGCAGGAAUGAGGAGCACUUUGACACGUUUGACGAGUCGGCUGUGGAGUAGAGCCCCGAGUGACGGAGCGG